GCACUCUAUGAGGACGAGACGUUGCGAGAUAAUGAUUGGAAGCGAUGUAAGGUGGCGUUGAUCGGAGAAACUAGCUCAUCAAAUGGAUCUCAUCCCGAAACUGCCCCUGUAUCGACCAUUAAAGUUAAUGGUGGUACGAGUAAUUGUCGUCGUUCAGUGGAAGAAAGAGUCAUUUGCAGUCCACUUUCGAAUGGUCUGAAAUUGAUUCAGUCCGCUUAUGCAGACAGUGAUACGUCCUCGUCGACUCAUUCUCCCAGCCCAACACCCAAGUUGGAUGGAUCAAUGUCAUUCAAUGUGAACUUCAAUGGUGAUUCUCAAUUGCAAUCACCUUCAUCUGCCAACGGAUAUGUGAUUGAUUCAGCGAAAGCAUCUACCUCCAAGGUAUCAAUCAUUGGACCCGUGAAAACAUCGUCAUCCGGAACGCUGAUUGAUGCUGUUAAACAAAAUGACUUAAAAAGGGAUGAUUUUAAGGAAACCAUGAAAAAUGGUUCGUCGAAGGUAACGCGAAAACGAGUGCUAUCAGAACGUGGUGAAGCAGAGGCCAAAUAUCCAGUGAUUGAUCGGAAGACUUUAUUCAAUUCAUGGCGUGGUAGCCGACUUCUGCAAUCGAAUAAUCGUAAUUCCGGCGUUGGGUUGUUCAAUUCUUCAAACGACUGUUUUCUCAAUGCUGUUUUACAAGCUAUGGUUCAUACGGCACCACUAGCCCGUUACGUUGCUGAGUUGCAUUCGUGUGGCAGCUAUUCGAAUAGUUGCUUUGCUUGUGCGUUGGGCGAGCAUGUUCGGCGGGCGAUAGCAAGCUCAGGACCUUUUAAAGCGCAAUGGAUACAGCCUUAUCUGAGAAAGAUAUUUCCAAGUCAUAAACCUGGAUAUCAAGAGGAUGCGCACGAACUGCUAUCGUUAAUUCUUGAUGCGCUUGACCCAGCUCCUCCUGCAAGCUUAAAGCAGACCAACGGAACAUCCUCAACCACACCAAAUCAGUUUAGGUUCGAAUAUAUGAUUGUUUUCAGUAUUGUUUUAUUUCUUUUCUCAGCUGUCUGUUGCCCUGAGGAACUGCGUCCAUCAACUCCGAUGGAACAAAUGUUCGGUGGUGCAUUACGGAACGAGAUUCGCUGUUUUGCUUGCGGUGAAAAUUAUAUCAAUUAUGAGCGAAUUCGAGAGCUGAAUCUUGGACUGAGGAUGCGUAAACGAGAGGGAAUUAUUAGUCUGAAUGAUCUCUUUGCUGACUACUUCAGCAAUGAAACGCUGAAUUCUUUUGAUUGCAAAAAGUGCAAACGAAAAACACAAGCACAACGAGUAACACGCAUGAUUCGUGCGCCACACGUUCUUAUUGUGCAGUUGAAAAGGUUCAAUGCCAUCGGUUGUAAAAUACGACUGCCGAUUACCGUUGAGAUGAAUAUAAAAUUGGAUCGAUUUAUGUAUCAAAUAGACGAUCGUAAUUCGUAUUCGUUGUGUUCGCUGAUCGAACAUCAAGGUGAUGGCAUUGAUCGUGGCCAUUAUAUAGCAUUUGUGCGAGGAUUCGAUGGGAAGGGGUGGCAUUGUUUCGAUGAUGAAUCGAGUGAAGUGCUCUUUCUGAUGGAUUGUGUUGUAAUGAAAGACACUUUGGUUGUUCUGUACUUGACAUUCGUUUAUGUUCAGUGUCAACGAGUGUCAGUGGAUGAGGUCCGAAAACGUCAAGGCUAUGUGAUGAUUUAUACACGUAGUGAACAAUCGCCCGAAAAUAAUCUCGCUUCUUGCUCAAGCACAUUAAGUGUUCAGCAGCGAUUCAAUAAUAAGCAUCGAUUCUCCAUGCAGAGUGCGACCUCACUUGUCACAACCGCGUUAAGCCGGUUUUUCCUCAUUCCGUAUGAAUUCAUUAUGACGGAUUUGACAGCGGAUUCGAGUGAUUUUAAACUCGAACUUGAUCAUUCUUAA